AUCCGAGGCAACACGAACAAAUCCGGAAGGCAAAUGACGACUGAAGAUUAUUACGCCCAUAUGGUCCAUAUGUUUAAGUAAACAAAACUCGAAGUGGGUCUUGAAUUUCCGAGUUUUUCUCCUGGAAAAGCUUGGGACCGAAACGAAAUUCGGUCAAAAUGACCACCUACACUCGGAUGGAUCUCUCGAUAAUCCAUCGGAAGGCGAAAAUAACAACAAAUGAUUACUUACACCCUGAAAGCUGUCGUGAGGAGCUGACGGACAUCACUCGGCUGGUGGUUGUGCUGCGAGACACUCCUGACGCAAUCCAGUACCCUGACCUGCAACUGCUGAUUUCUGCUCUGCAGAUGAAGCACCUCAAGUGCUUCCAGGUCAUGCUCAAGGCUGGCUUCAACCCAAACCUGUACGACGACAGACUGAACUCGACCCCAAUGACUGAGGUGCUCAAGUUGGACGAGCCCAAGCAGUACCUGAAGGAACUGGUCCGGCACGGCGCCAGGCCGAACCACCCGUGCCCGAACGUGCCCAACUUCUUCUACGUCAAGCAGGCGGUGGAGCAUGGCGACUUUGACUCGGUCGCCUUUCUCGCCAUCAGGGGCGCCGAUCUCGACCUCGAGUCGCACCUCGAGCACACGUACAAGAAGCUGACGCCGCUGGCCGUCGCCGCGCUCACCUGGCGCGUCAACAUCACCGAAGUGCUGCUUCUCUAUGGGGCCAAGCUCGAGUACUCCAGUUCCCAGGUCAAUAUGAUCAACGCGCUCGUCUACCUGUGCUGCAUGAAGAAAAACAACAGCUUUAUCCACAAACUCUACACGCUGAAGGUGCUGCACAAGCACGGGGCCAACAUGUGGCAGCGGAACAUCAAGGGACUGACGGCGUUGGACUACGUCCGGUUUCAGUGCAAACAAAACCGCUCGGUGCGGUGGUUCAAGCUGGCCUCUGUGCUGAGAGACUGCAUGCGGACGCCGCUGAGCCUGCAGAUGCUGAGCCGCAACGCGAUCCGCAAGUACGUCGGCAAGAUGUACUACACCAAAGUGCGCAGUCUGAAAGUCAACGGUGUGCCCGUGUCGGAACUGACCAUUCUCGAUUUCCUGCUCUACAAAGACUUGAAGUCGACUUUCCAGCAGGAGAUCAACCAGUGCUUCGCAGACAUGGCCACCUAGGUAUCACCACCUGCCAUUUUCAUUCUUGCCUGCCAAACGUCUUGGUUUACGUCCAUUUUAUACACUCAGACAGACAGACCUACUGAUCUAUUUAUAGUUUCGAAAAUUUCCGGAGGGUUCGAACGAGUUUUUCGUGAGUGGCAAAUUGCCAGCUUCUUGAAUGUGUAGAAAUCCGAUUCCAUCCUGACGUCAAAUCUAAACAAGCACUUAGGAUAGGUUCAAUUAAAUAGCAAGACCCUGGCUCAGUUCGAGAAGAGCCUUAUUGUCGGGGCCUACGAUAGCUUCGAUGUGAUCUAUUUAUUGAAGGGUAUCAAAAGUUCAUAGUCUAGCCUAAGCUAAUUGUGUUCUUGUUGCUGAACUAAUCGCGCGGAAUUAGUUUGACAAUUGUUUUGGUUGGUAAAUGUGGCACUUUUACGAGUCCUUUAAUGUGAUGUAUCACAAUAAUUAUUAUUACUAUAGAUAUUCGUGCAUGGUUUUUUGCACGCCGCAGUUUUUUGCAUUCUGAUAUAUAAUAUUAUAUAUUAUAUUCAAAUGCGAGUUUUAUUAAGUGCUGUGCUUUCCUUGUUACUAUAUAUAUUGUAUCUUAGUGUGUUGUCAGGACACGUACGUACACGAUACUCACACAAUCACACGCUAGCAGCGAAUGAUGGCAUAGAAAUUAUUUAUAAUCUGCACAAUACUCUGGUUGCAUCAAAGAUAUUUUCUAAUUUUUGUACUUACACUGAGAGAAAUGUCAUCUAACUAUUAGUGUGUUUGCAGUUGAGCUGUGUUUCACUACUUAAUGUGUUUGCACCGAAAUAUUCGUUAAUUCUGAAAACUAACCAAACCCAAUAAUUGUAAACUGUCGUUUUAUAAAUUAAAUGUGACGAUAUUUGUUUGAAUAGUUAGGAUUCUGAGCCGUUCAAGUUCAUUGCAGCAGGGAAAAAGAUUUUUUCACUUGAUGACACCAAACAAUAAUUUUCCUUUAUUUCAAAGGAUUGCGAAACUUCGAAAUAAUCCUUGUUGCCUAUGCAUAAAUUCAUUUCAAGCUGAUAUUUACUGUGAUUUUUUUUUAGAAAAGUGGCUACAAAGUUAUUCUUUUCAACAACUGUUCCCCUACUUGAAAUCCUUAAAAUUGUUAUGCACUGUUAGAUCGAUCUCGACGAAAAAAAUAAAAAUCUGGCCAUGCGCUGUAAAUUUUGGAGAAAACCGGUAAAAUUUGAAUUGUACGAAUUUUUGAUUAUAUCCAAAUUUAAAAUGUAGUCAACAAUUCUAAUUGUUUUUGCCUUGAUUCGCCUUUAACCUGAAAUCAAAGCUCCAUAAAAGUUAAAACGGCUUGGAGAACGGACUAUUCAGGCAGAAAAAACCCCCAAUGAAAACCGAGGUCCGGUCAGUGCGGCGCGGCAGCUUUUUAGCAGCUCCCAACCAAAAGUCGAAAGCUUUACUGCCCACGUUGUUUAAUUUUGGCUGUGUGCUCGAAUUUCGUCGGCUGAGCCGGACCUGCCCCCCGUGUUAAAAUGUAUAUUAGCGCCUUAUACAACAACAAUACCUGAAAACAAACUUUUUCGCAAUGUCCAUUAACUAAAUCGCAUUCACGGUCCAUCCCCUGACGUGCAACAAGAAGUGAUAAUUAACAAUUUUAAUCUGAGUUAAUAAAACUUAAAAACUUUGAGCUUAGACGUUAAACAUUAGUCUCAGCAGUGAUUUUGAGUUUCUGUCUUCCCCGUGUAUUUGGGAGACGGAAAUUUCACAUGAAAAUACUGUACGCUUCCUCCUCUUUUUAACUCCGGAAACUCCUGCUGUUAUAAUAUAUCUCUACAAUAAAAUUAACAAUUUUGUUACCUAUGCCGUAUGAUCUGGUUUGUGCAUGCAAUCAUAUAAUAAUUGUAAUGUGUAAACGAAGCAAACAAUCAGACGAUGUAAUCCUAGUUCUUGAUCUAGUACGAUGAUAGGAAAAUAUAGCAAUUAAGGCUCGAGAUCUAUAAUUAUACUCUUCUCACUAUUAUACUGAUUUUUCUGCCUUUUCUCCUAGUCACAAAAUCGAGAGGAGAUCGAAAGAAAAAAAAUAAUAAUGCAAAAAAUGUUUCUGGUUUUCUGGGUGCCUUAUUAUUCAAGUAACUGAUUUUCGUUUUGUAAGAUUAAUUGCAUUUAAUUUCUACUUAAUGGAUGUCGCAAACUCCCAAGACCACAUUACAAAUAUAAAUACACUGUGCCCCCGCCUCCACAAUUUUAUCCACACACAAACGUUAAUAAGUGGCACACUACAAGACCAGAAUUAUGUAACUUCUCAAAUAAGACGAGAAAUACUGUGUAUUUUAUACUCAAAAAAUUCGUUUCAAUUGAAAUCCUAUGAAGGGACUAAAGUACUAUAUAUAUUUGUGUAUGUCGACUACAAAAUAGGGAUAAUACUGAGAAUAAUUAGCAAGUUUCAAAAGCGCAGUGUGUGCCGUAUACUGCAAUCAAUGUACCAUGUUACUACUGGAAAUAAACCUGCAUUAUAUUCAUUUUAUAAAAA